GGUUUGAUUGAGAAUGAUUUCGAGAGCAUAUUGCUGAGAGAAGCUUUGAAGAGUUGGCAUUGGGGUAUGCAGCUUUAUUCAUCUGUAAAGGAACUAUGGAAGGUGAUAUUACUAUAUCCACUCCUUCGGCUGGGCUCAGCAAUAGCGAUGGUGCUAAGAGAAUGCGGCCUAUUCAUGGGAGGACUACUGGUCCUACAAGACGAUCUACGAAAGGACAAUGGACAGCUGAAGAGGAUGAGAUUCUGAGCAAAGCUGUUCAACAUUUCAAAGGAAAAAAUUGGAAAAAGAUAGCGGAGUGUUUCAAGGAUCGUACUGAUGUACAGUGUUUACACAGGUGGCAAAAGGUCUUGAACCCAGAACUUGUUAAAGGGCCAUGGACAAAAGAGGAGGAUGAGCUGAUAAUUGAGUUGGUGAACAAAUUUGGCCCAAAAAAGUGGUCAACCAUUGCUCAGCACUUACCUGGACGUAUUGGAAAGCAAUGCAGGGAAAGGUGGCACAAUCAUCUUAAUCCUGGCAUAAACAAAGACGCGUGGACUCAGGAAGAGGAGUUGGCUCUUAUUCGUGCUCAUCAGAUUUUUGGGAACAAAUGGGCAGAGCUUACAAAAUUCUUGCCAGGAAGGUCAGACAAUGCCAUAAAAAAUCACUGGAACAGUUCAGUCAAAAAGAAGUUGGACUCCUACAUAGCGUCAGGCCUUCUGGAACAAUGUCAGUUCCCAUUUCUUGCAAAUCAAAGUAAGCCCAUGCCUUCGUCUUCUAUGAGGAUGCAGAGCAAUGCAGAUGAUAGUGGUGCCAAAUGUAGGAAAGAAGCUGAGGACAUAUCAGAAUGCAGUCAAGAAUCGAAUGUGAUGAGUUGCUCUCAAUCUGCAAGUGAUUUAGCUAAUGCUUCUGUACAUACAAGAGAGCAAUUCCACUUGACUGAAAUGCCUGCUGUGACAAAUGAGAGGUAUUCCAGCCCAGCACCUUGUGCAGAAGAGUAUUACCCAUCUUUUGAAGAUGUCAACUUCUCCAUUCCAGAAAUACCUUGUGAAGCUGGGUACUCUUCCAGUGGGAAUUAUCAGUUUGGCGAGCAUUUGUUGAUAACUGAUGAUGAAUGUAGUAGGGUCCUAUUCUCAGAGGCAGUGAAUGAUGGAUUCAUUGCCUCCGAAAAUUUUACGCAACAGUCUAAUAUGGUGGAAUUGGGUGGGUGUGCAAGUACAUCACUCUAUCAGCAUUCAGUCACCCAACCAUCUGAAACUGGAAAUACUCCGGCCUCACAAUCUGCUUUUCCUUCAAGGUCUGAGGUAUUGGCAACCUCAUGCUGUCAGUCUUUUGCUUCUCCUUCACUCCUUUCAGUGGAGGAUGGUACGCUUAUGUAUGGCCGAGAGGCCAGUCAAUUAAAUGUUCAACCUUCUGGAAGUCAAGAACAAGAAUUUACUAUGAAUGGACAUGAUGGCUUCAUCUUUACUAAUGAUGAUCAUACAGAUGAUACAGACCUACAAGAGCAAUCUUACCUUGCAAAGGAUUCUCAGAAGUUGGUUUCAGUUAAUAGUUUUGGUUCAGAAUCAAAUGAUUUGCUAACUUGCCCUGCUGUUGAUGAUAAGCCAAAUUUUCCUGCAGAACAAGAUACUGGAGGUCUAUAUUACGAGCCUCCUCGCUUUCCAGGCAUGGAUAUCCCAUUUUUCAGCUGUGAUCUUAGACCAUCUGGCAAUGAUGUGCAGCUAGAAUAUAGUCCCCUUGGUAUUCGCCAGCUGAUGAUGUCUUCUAUGAACUGCAUCUCUCCAUUUAGGUUGUGGGAUUCACCAUCUUCAGACGGCAGUCCAGAUGUUGUGCUUAAAAGUGCUGCCAAAACUUUUACUGGCACACCAUCCAUACUGAAGAAGAAGCAUCGCGACCUGUUAUCACCUUUAUCAGAACGAAGAAGGGAGAAAAAGCGUCAUCGCAACACGUAUCAGAUAUCUCCAUCAGAACAUAAAAGCAAUGCUAUAGCCUCUGUUGAAGAGAAAGAAAACCUGUGUCAAGAAUCUCACGGGGAACUAGGCAAAGGUGAAAAUCACACUGAGCCAUUAGAUGAUGAAGCUCAAAAGACAGAUUCUGAUGGUUCUGAUUUCCAGGGAAGUGUAAAAAAUGAAGCUUGCGGUAUUGAUAUGAAGGACAAAACGAAUGCUCAUGCUUCCGACAAAAUUGUCCAACAGCCUUCAGCCGUGCUUAGUGAGCAUGAUGUAAAUGAUCUACUAUUGUUUUCUCCUGAUCAUGUUGGUCGUAAAGCAGACCAACCAUUAUUUUCUUCAUGCAUACCAACUCCACGAAAUCAGUAUCAUAAAAGCGUUAGAGCUGUUUCAUCAAAUCAAGGCCUUGCUUCUGAGUGUUUAUCUGGAAACGCAAGCUUGGUUGUUAGCUCUCCCACUCUGGAAGUAAAGAACAGGGAAGGCCACUCGAUUACUGUUACUGCAGUACAGUGUACCAAUUCCUCAGCAACCCUUGAGAAUUUGGCCGAUAAUGCUGGGAUUGAUGCUGCUACUGAAAAUUAUAACAUAUUCGCUGGAACUCCAUUCAAAAGAAGUAUCGAAUCACCGUCAGCAUGGAAGUCUCCUUGGUUUAUUAACUCUUUCAUUCCAGGCCCAAGGAUUGACACAGAAAUAACAACUGAGGACAUAAGAUACAUUAGCAGCCCAGCAGAAAGAAGCUAUGACGCCAUCGGUUUGAUGAAACAAUUAAGUGAACAUACUGCUGCUGCAUACUCUGAUGCCUUGGAGGUUUUGGGAAACGUAACUCCGGAAUCAAUUGUAAAAGGAAGAUACUCCAAGAAUCGUAAUGUGGACAAAGAGAAUAACAGGCCUGAGAACCAUUCACAUUUGGCUUCAAAUAUCUUGGCGGAGCGCCGCAUCCUUGACUUCAGCGAAUGUGGAACACCAAGAAAGGAAUCUGAAAACGCGAACUCAACAACAACAACAACCGUGAGUUUCUCGAGCCCCUCUUCCUAUCUUUUGAAAGGCUGCAGAUAGUGCCUUUUCCAUUAUUAUUUUUUGACUAAAAGUCUCCUGUGUUUGUAGUUCAUAUUCAUACAUGUAUGCCAUCUUUUCUCUUUUCAUAAUUCUUCCAUUUAUUGUCGAAAAGAGAACGGAUCUAAUUAAUUAAAUUGA